AUGUUUUCCCUCUUCACCGGCAUUCUCGGGGGUAUCCUCGCGAGCUUUCAUUCGGCCAUCGACGCCAUCGAUGAGGUAGACCUCACCGACAUUCUCAGCACGACGGUCCUUGGCGUCUCCAAGUUCAUCGUCAAGACCACCUUCAAGAUCGUCAUGUGGGAAGCCCUCCGGAUUUACAACGGCCACGGCAACAUCGAACUUGCCCUCUCCCUGGCCUUCGCAUUCCUCACAAUCUGCCAAAGGGAGUUGGUCAUGUUCAAGGAGACCGACCAGAUGGCAGCUGCCGGCGCGGCUUCGUCGACGUCCGACCACGACGCCGACCACAAAGACGACGAUGACGACAACAACGACGGCAACGAUGGUGCUCGGAAGGGAAUGCCAGGCGGCUUCAUCAUAAGCCCGCCACCCUCGCCCGCCCCGCAACCUCGUGCCUCGUCGCCGCACACUUCACCUGCGCCUGAGCGCCCAGCUUCACCGACGCCUGUUCCCCGCGUUUCACCCGUGCCUGCGCGCCGCACCCCUUCUACGACUGCGCGCAUCACCCCAUCCACGCCUGCGCGCCCCACUCCAUACACUCUUGCGCGCCAUGCUCCGCCCGCACUUGAGCGCCGUGCUUCACCUGCAUCUGGGCGCCGUGCCUCGCUCAAGAAGGAAUCUGGCGAGAAGUUGGCCGCCACUCCUCCUCCAGAUAUGCCGACCGUGGCCUUGAAGUUGCGCCUCCGCGAAGAGCAGCAGCAGCAACAGCAGGUGCAUGACACCGUCCCUCCGCCGCCCGUCCAGCAGCAGGAGGAGCAAACCUCCAUCCCUCCGCCGCCAGUCCACCAACACCAACACCACCACUACCAGGAGCAGCAAGAGCAGCAGGAGCAGCAGCAGGAGCAAGUCUCCGCCCCUCCGCCGGCCCUUCCCCAACAGCAGCAGCAGGUGCAAGACACCGUCCCUCCUCCGCUCGUCCACCACCAACAACAGCAGCAGGGGCAAGAUUCGGUCCCUCCGCCGACCCUCCACCAACAACAACAGCAGCAGCAGCAGCAAUCACAGCUGCCUGGCGCCUCCAAUGCCGAGCCUGCUGACCCGACUUCUCCUGUCCCUGCGCCUGUGCCUGUUCAGACGCAUUUCCUGGCCAUCCCGGACUUGACUGUGCGGAUGGUCCUUCUGGACAUAGAGGAAUCGGGAGACAUGAUGGAGGGCGUUGAGAAGCCCGCUGGUGUGACUGAGGAGAUGGUCCCCGUCAAUCCGGUGGUCCCCUGGCCUACUUUCUCUCCUCUCGUCCCUCUCCAUUUUCCUUUGGACGAGAAGACGAUGGAGGCUAUUAACCGUGUUCCUCCAGUCAAAAAGCACGACGACGUGGAGAUGAAGGACGCUGGUGUGGGUACUGCUGCAGCCAAAGUUCCCGCCGACGAUGAGGAGAUGGAGGACGCUGUUGCGGAUGCUGCUGCAGUUAAAGUGCCCGCCGAGGACCCCAUGGGCACCUCCGCUGACUCUACCUCCGCGCAACCUCCUGCUCCGUCUGGCUAUGCUGGGUAUGCCAAUGGUUCAUCCUUCCCCGCGCAGCAGACCGCCGGUCCCCAAGCACCAAACACCUCUGCUCCGCCCGCUCACCCCACCACUGGUGGGGCGAUGAAUGCGAGCAUGUGGGCUGCCGCCAUCACCACCUUACCCUCCGCUUCCGCCGGCAUCCGCGCCCUCGGCAUCCGCGCCCUCGGCACACAUUCCCUCGGCCCCCACUCCCUCGGUGCCCGCACCCGCACCCGCACCCCAAGCACCGGCCACCCCUAUUCUGUGUCCACUCCCCAGGCACCCUCUCCGCAGCCUUCGGCUCCGUCUGGUCCCUCUUCACAGGCGGCGAACAAUGGUACCUCCGGUGCUAGUCUCGACAAGGGCAAGGGACGCGCGACGACAGAGGCGUCGAUGGAGGACGCCGGCAACUCGAGCAACGACCAGUACCAGUUCCCGAACUACAGUCGUUCUCCCCGGCCUGCGGCAGCCGGUAACCCUGCCACUCUUCCGCCUGCGCCCUCCACGGCUGCGCCCCCCACCGCUGGGCCCUCCAUGGCUGGGCCCUCCACACCGUCGGCUGGCCCCUCGACUGCCCCAUCGACCGCCAUCACCUCCGUCCCUUCUUCGAACCCGCUCUUCAGUAUGGCCACUGAUGAGCAACGGGCCAAGGCGUUGAAGAACGGAAUCAAAAAAGUCGAUGAUGCCUACAACGCAGUGGCCGUCACAAAGAAGAAAGGCUACCACUUCAACAAGGACGAGGUCGAUCGCACCACCACCAUCCUUGCGGAGUUCUGUCGCCACGCUCUCGAGUAUGGCCACGCCGGCGUGAAUUGUGGGGAUCCGGUCAUGUCCAAAUGGUGCAGGGAGCUUUGGGCCAAAGCCGAAUCGGCAGGUGUGGUAAAACUCCGCCACGACUUUCAUGGCUUGCAACAAAACGCCUUGUUGGUGGAGAACCUCAAGCCCAUCAAGGAGUUUGUUGGGUGGUUUGGAAGUAACGCAUCCAAUACGCCUGAGGAGGAUAUCAAGGCUCGCCCCAAGGCCAAGAUUCGCGUCCCUCGCAAGGGCGGUGCUCAGUGA